CUUGUUCUCUUCCAUCUUUUGAUUCUGUCACUAAAUCAUAUCAAGUUUUUAUUUUUCGACAUACCCAGAUUGUGAAUUAUGUGUCAGAUUAUGCUUUACGCUUUUCGAAGUUAUGGGUAAUCAAGAACCAAUCUUGGUGAAAGAAGAGAGUGUGGUAGGUAUACCAACACCACUCUUGAAGCUUAAAAGUUGGCAAUGGUGGGUUCUUGUGUCUAUUAACAUCUUUUUCCUUAUUGGUGGUCAAGCUGCUUCUGUUCUUCUCGGUCGGUUUUACUAUGAUCAAGGUGGAAACAGUAAAUGGAUGGCUACUCUUGUUCAAACUGCUGCUUUUCCUAUCCUCUAUAUCCCGCUUUUGCUACUUCCGUCUUCUUCGAGUAGUGCAGACUCUUCAGAGACUUCUUGUUCACUCAAGUACAUUGUUUUGAUCUAUGUUUUGCUCGGUGUGAUCAUUGCUGGUGACAACAUGUUGUACUCUGUUGGACUUUUGUACCUCUCUGCAUCGACUUAUUCGCUUAUUUGCGCUACUCAGUUAGCUUUCAACGCGGUGUUCUCUUAUUUCAUCAAUGCUCAGAAGUUCACUGCUUUGAUUCUCAACUCUGUUGUUCUCCUGUCGUUUUCCGCUGCUUUGAUUGCUCUCAAUGAUGAUGCAGACACUCCUUCUGGUGUCUCCAGGUCUAAGUAUAUUGUUGGGUUUGUGUGUACACUUGCUGCGUCUGCUCUCUAUUCUCUGUUGCUAUCUCUUAUGCAGUUCUCGUUCGAGAAGAUUCUGAAGAGAGAGACGUUUUCUGUGGUUCUUGAAAUGCAAAUUUACACUUCUUUAGUGGCGACUUGUGUCUCGGUUAUCGGGCUUUUCGCUAGCGGGGAAUGGAGAACGCUUCACGGGGAAAUGGAAGGUUAUCACAAAGGGCAAGCGUCUUAUGUACUGACUUUGGUAUGGACAGCGGUUACGUGGCAAGUGUGUUCUGUAGGAGUGGUGGGUUUGAUAUUUCUGGUGACGUCGCUCUUCUCAAACGUCAUUAGUACGCUCUCUCUAGCUGUGACUCCACUUGCAGCUUUGGUUGUGUUCCGUGAUAAAAUGAGUGGUGUUAAGAUUAUGGCAAUGCUGAUCGCUCUUUGGGGUUUCUCUUCUUAUGUUUACCAGAAUCAUGUCGAUGACUUGAAAGUUAGACGAGCACGACAACAAGCUCAAGCCGGGCGGGUGGAACCGCCUUGUUGAUUCUGCAAUAAUUCAGGCAGAAAUAUUGGUUUAGGAUGCUAUACGUUCUGAUUAGAUAAGCAACAAUAAUUGUCACUGGUAUGACAAGCUACUUGUCUUGUCAUAUUGUUUUUCUAAUAUACUGGUGGUAAAUGG